GUGAAACUAGUUAAGAUCUCAACAGACAGUGUUCAUUGACAUCAACUGUAAACAGCGACAAUGGCUUAUCGCCAUCGUAGAGUUGUUGUGACUGGCUUGGGUGUUGUUUGCUCGUUGGGUCAGGACGUUAAAGCUGUUUGGAAUAAGAUACUUGAUGGGAAAUGUGGUGUUUCAAGAAUUAUUAAUCCAGAAUUCAACAAUCUUCCUGUUAAAAUAGCUGCUUCUGUAUCACAGAGCAAAUGGGCAAGAUUUGUCCCUGAAGACUGGUUGGCUAAACUUAAGGAGAGACGAAUAAACACAAAUGAAGUUUUGUAUUCAUUUGCUGCUGCGUAUCAAGCUUUGAACGACGCAGAAUGCGAAGACUUCUUAUGCAACUGGACAAGUUCAACUGGCGUGGCAAUUGGAAACUCUUUGACAAAUUUGAAUGGAAUUCUUGCUGAAGGAAGAACAUUUUAUGAAAAAGGACCUCGGAGGAUAGAUCCAUAUUUCAUUCCUAAAGUAUUGUUAAACACUCCAUCAGCGAUUGUUAGUAUGCAAUAUGGUUUUCAGGGUCCAAAUCUUGCUCCAUCAACUGCAUGUUCAGCCGGAGCUAAUGCUAUUGGUGAAGCCUUUCGCCUUAUAAGGAAUGGUGACGUUGAUCGUAUGGUGACUGGUGGAACUGAUGCAGCUGUUUUACCCUUAGCAAUAGCAGCAUUUUCAAGAAUAAAUGCUUUAACUACCAAAUUCAAUGAUAAACCAGAAGAGGCCUCAAGACCGUUUGACAAACAUAGAUCAGGUUUUGUUUUGGCAGAUGGGGCGGCAAUCUUACUGCUUGAGGAGUAUGAACACGCUAAGAAAAGAAAUGCGAAAAUGUAUGCUGAAAUUAUAGGUUAUGGUUUAUCAGGAGAUGCCUAUCAUCUUACAUCACCAAGUAACGAUGGUAGUGGCGCCAUUCGUUGUAUGAAGUCAGCUUUACGUGAUGCAAAUAUAAAACCCGAGGAUGUCUCUUAUAUAAACGCUCACGCUACUUCCACUCCUGUAGGUGAUGCAAUUGAAAACCACGCCAUAAAGGAAACGUUUCAGAAUCAUGCUAAGAAUCUGAAAGUUUCGUCAACCAAAGGAUCUACAGGUCACUUACUUGGUGCAUCUGGCGCUAUUGAAGCAGUCUUCACUACAUUAGCUGUAAAUGAAGGUAUUGCUCCCCCAACGUUGAACCUACACGAAGUAUCGUCUAAAUCUGAGUUCAGUUUAAAUUAUGUGCCAGGUGAUUGCGAAGAGUUGGUUGCUUCUUAUAAAGGUAAAAGACGGUUUGCGCUAUCUAAUUCAUUUGGUUUUGGUGGAACGAAUACUUGUCUUUGUUUUGCUCAGCUUUUGUGAUCUAUUUUUUGAUCAAUAAUUGAUGUCUUUUGUGCUACGUUAAACUUAGUGUCUAAAUCACGAUGAGAAUUUCUUCUCUCCAUUUUUCAUUUUCAAAUGCUACCGAGAUACUAUAAUAAGAAUAAAAUUAUUACUAAUUGUUACUCUGUAAAUACGAAAAACAACAAUUAAAGCAAAUAAGAAGCCAUUUUUGUCAUUGUA